AUGUCCACAGGCUGGGCAGCUAAUCGUCCAGGCGCCGAUGAGCCUGAUGUGAACAAGGGCCCGUCCCUUACAGCUGUCUCUGUGACGCUGACUCUCAUAGCAUUCCUGAUAGUAGCACUCCGUGUUUGGUGCCGACUUCGGGACUGGGUUAUCAUAGGAACAAUGGCACUUUCACUUGCGGGCAUGGGCAUCACCCUGGGUCAAGUCGCAAAUGGUGCUGGCAGACACGCGGCGUACCUGGAACCUGCAACCAUACAUAUGGGACUCAAGCUGAACUACAUUGGCCAAGUCGUCUUUCUGUGGGCACCCUGCAUGGUAAAGGUUUCAAUUGGUCUGUUCCUACUACGCGUCACCCCUGAUCUCAUUCACCGCAAGAUCAUCUACGGCGCCAUGUCAUUCAUUCUCGCCUGGACACUUGCCUGUUUCGUUACCCUCUUGCUCCAGUGCGAGAAUAUCAGGGUAAUCUGGGAUGACUCGGUUCACACGGCUUGCUGGUCGGUCGAGGUGAUACAUGCACUUGGAUGGGCUAGUGCUGCAAUCAUCAAGACCGUAUACAUCGAGAAUUACAGCAGCACUACGGACAACCUCUGGAACGCGACGGAGCUAACGAUAUGGACCACCGUCGAGCUCAACGUCGGUAUCAUUGCGGCGUCUCUCCCAUGCUUGAGGCCAUUCUUCAGGAGCCUGUCCAAUGGCAGCACAGGCAUCGCGACAGCUAAGGAAUACCCCAUGCAUCCGUACUCCAAGACUCUAGAAACGGAUCAUUUCAAUCAUCGCCACACUCGAUCCCAAACAACUACUCGGAUAUCAAGUGGGGGUCCCCAGCUAGAAGAUUACUGCGCAAGCCAAGAAAGGUUUGUCUCUCCAGAAUUGAGAAGGGAUUCUGGCAUUCGCAAAGUGACUGAGUACUCGUCCCCCAGCGGCGCCACCAGCGGUUGCCAUAUGACCGGCCCUUCUUGUAUGUCCAGUGGUUAUUUGCUGAACGGCGGACAGGAGCACGGCCGUGCAGGCCUGAGGGUGGUCGGCGGGAUAGCCACGACACGAAAAAUGCCCGUCUUGGUGCCGGAAAACUCGAGCUGGGCGGGCCCAAGCGAGAAGGAGAAGUGUGGCAGUUCCCGAGACGUCGAAUGCGAUGUUGAGGUUGAAGGGUGGUCAGCCAUGGUUUCCUAG